AUGACGGCUGAUGCCUUCUGCAGCUUGCAGACAGCAGAUGCCGUCCUCUGCGUGGUGCCUUCGGCAAGAAACAGCGAUCCAAGCAACAGACCUUCCACAUCUCAGAUACUGAAAACAUGGCCAGAAACCUUCCAGGUCCCCUGGGAAAAAAUGCCACAGGAAAUUCGUUCUGCUAUUACAGAUGGAAAGAGACCUAAUCCAGUGGCGCGACGCCAGAUGGUACGAGUACUCACAGAUGAAAUGAGAAGGUGUGAAGCUAACCCCACUCGUGCCCAGUGUCUAACUGUAGUUCGAAAUAUCAUCAGACAGUACCCAAAGAGUUUUGCUGAUAUGACUCCAGAUGGGUCACUUCUGGCUGGAGGUUACACAUCACUUUUGCUUCAACUGAAAAACCGCAUUGAGAAUGUGAACCGUAAUGGAAGCUUUUCAAACCACCGAUCCUCUACAUACAAGAGGGGUCCAACUGACACCUAUGGAUGUACAAGAUUUCAGCCAGAGCUCCCCCCAGAAGAAACUGAUGAGACUCUAGAGCAGCACCGGCAGAGACUGGAGGAGGUUUACAGACAGGAGGGUGCAGGUGGAGCAGAAAGAGCCGACGUUAAACAUCUAAUGGAGCUCACAUUCUCUCUACAACGUAGCCACAUAAAUACACUUCCAUCACCUGACAUUGAAGAUUUAAAAAGCAAAUGGCCUUUUCUUUUCACACUAAGAUUUAUAUACGCACAUUUUGAGUUGCUCACAGACAUCAAUGUGCUUCGUAGCUUGGAACUCAGUAUGGAGGAAUGUGGAAAAGCCAUCACACAAUACUUCAGGGAAAAACCUACUAACAAAGAUGUCAAGGAUGUCAUCUCUAAUGGUGAAGAUAAUGUGGCACUUCGUGUUGUUCAGCUGCUCAUGGCACACUUUGGAGAGGACCUAACCGGGCUGGUCCUUCUUGCAGAUGGCCUCAACUCUGAUGAAUUCCCCGACUGUCACGCCAUUCUGAUGACGGAUGUGUUCAAAAGCAGCGUCAUGAUGGAAAAGCAGAACAUGAAGUCAUGA